CCCAGCCCUGAGGGAGAGAAAAAAAGAGGAGAAGCAUCAAUGUGAAGGAAUGUGCCUUACCACCACCGGAGCCGCACGCUUGGGAUAAAAAGAAAUAAAUCGAGGAGCCUGAUUCUUGCGACUUAUUACCCUGGGAAAAAGAAAAAGAAAAAAAAAAAAAAAAGCCAGCGAACGGAGGGAGAAGAAGGAGAGAGACGAGGCUGAAGCGGGCACCGCAAGAGGCGGGUGCCCGGUGGAUGGCGCGGCCGUCCCGCUGACUCCGCGGCCGCGGGAGGGUGCGCGGGGCGGCGCACGCUAUGCCGGCGGCGUGACUGAGCGGGGCGCUCCCGCCGCCUGCUUCGCUGCGCUCCCCUCCGCUCUCCUCCGCCCCCCUCCGCCGCAUGCCGCCGGCAGCGGCGGCGUGCUGAUGCCCUGGGGCCGCGGCGGCGCUGCGGACGGCCCCUAGGAUGAGCGAAGGGGCUGCCGGCGCCGCGGCGCCCGGGGCGGCGGAGGCGGCAGCGGCAGGGGGCCCGGGCGGGGAUGGGGCCGGGGGGCCGCCGCGGGAGCUGCGCUGCAGCGACUGCAUCGUCUGGAACCGGCAGCAGACGUGGCUUUGCGUGGUGCCCCUCUUCAUCGGCUUCAUCGGCCUGGGGCUCAGCCUGAUGCUUCUCAAGUGGAUCGUGGUGGGCUCCGUCAAGGAGUACGUCCCCACCGAGCUGAUGGACGCCAAGGGCGUGGGGCAGGACCCCUUCUUCCUCUCAAAGCCCACCGCCCCUCCCCGCGGCGCGGAGACCACCGCCGCCGCCACGCCGCGGCCGCCCAGCCGCGUCAGCCCCCGCCUCACCACGAUGAGCCGGGCACCCCCGCGGCCCCCUGGCACCCGCGGCCCGGCGCGGAGCGGCCCGCGGCCCACCGCGGCGCGACACCCCGCCGCGCCCCACACGGCGCCGCCCGCCAGCGGCCCCCCCGGCACCGCCGGCCGCGGCGCCCGGCCACCGCCCGCCACCCCCAGCACCCCGCCGCUGCCCGCCUGGCCCACUGCGGCACACGCUACCUCCUCCUACAAGAUCUAUGUCCACGACUCGGCGCCGUCCUGGACCUUGUCUCCCUUUCAGGAGUCAACCACCACCACGACGGAGGCCAGCACGACCCCCAAAAUCCAUACUACAACGUAUUCCACUGAGCGAUCUGAGCACUUUAAGCCAUGCAAAGACAAGGAUCUUGCAUAUUGUCUCAAUGAAGGGGAAUGCUUUGUGAUUGAAACCUUAACGGGAUCACAUAAACACUGCCGGUGCAAAGAGGGCUACCAGGGAGUCCGCUGUGACCAAUUUUUGCCGAAAACCGACUCAAUCUUGUCAGAUCCAACAGACCAUUUAGGAAUUGAAUUCAUGGAGAGCGAAGAAGUGUACCAGCGCCAGGUGCUGUCUAUUUCCUGUAUCGUCUUUGGCAUAGUCGUAGUGGGCAUGCUUUGUGCAGCGUUCUACUUCAAAACAAAGAAGCAAACAAAGCAAAUUCAUGAACAGCUGAAAGAAGCACAGAAUAGGAAAACCUACAGCCUAAAUGCUUCCAGCAUGAUGGCAAAGUCAGAGUGUGUGGCACAAAGCCGAGUCCAGCUGCAAAAUUAUUCAAAAACAGAUAGGCAUCCUGGGCCUAUUCUGGACAAAGUUAUGGAGUCUAGUUUUUCAGGCCCUCAGUCUUUCCCAGAGGCCUUGUCUCCUGACAGAGGAACGCAGCCCAUCAAACAACACAGAAGUCUCUCUUCAUGCUGCAGCCCAGGGCAAAAAAGCGGGAUGCUACAUAGAAACGCCUUUCGCAGGACGCCUCCCUUACCUCCGGGUAGGUUCAAUGGAAUUACAGGACCAGCAUAUCAACAGCUAGAAGAGUCAAGGAUCACAGACCAGGACACAAUACCUUGUCACGGGUAUUCGUCCAGUGGUUUAAAAACUCCUCAGAAUACUUCAAUAAAUAUGCAACUGCCUUCAAGAGAGACAACUCCUUAUUUUAAUAACAUGGAUCAGAAGGAUUUGGUCGGCUAUUCAUCUUCAAGGGCCAACUCCGUUCCCAUCAUCCCAUCUGUGGGCUUGGAUGAAGCCUGCAUGCAAAUGCAAAAUGUUUCUGAAGUAACAGGCAUUAAAUGGUGCAAAAACUCCUAUUCAGCUGAACUUGUCAAUGUGAGUUCCCCAGUCAGUAAUUGUCUUAUAGCAGAACAGCACGAAGUGAAAAUAUUACUAGAAACUGUGCAGGAGCAGAUUCGGAUUCUGAGAGAUGCGAGGCGGUCGGAGGACUAUGAUCUGGCGAGUGUAGAAGCAGAGCGCAGCGCGAGUGAAAACACAGCCUUCCUGCCCAUGAGCCCCAUGGCCAAGUCAGAGCGAGAGGCACAAUUUGUCUUAAAAAGCGAAACACAAAGAGACUCGGUAUUGACCAAGUGACUCUGUGUGGGGUUUGUGGGAGGGGAGACUAGAGAUCUGUGCAUUCAAUGCUUUGCUGAAGAGGAAGGGAGGAAAUGAAAUACAAAUUAUUUAUAUGCAUUAAUUUAAGAGCAUCUACUUAGAAGAAACCAAAUAGUCAAUCGCCCUCAUAUCAUAGUGUUUUUUAAUAAAAUAUUUUUUUAAGGGAAAAGUUCCAGGAGGGAUGAAGAGUACAUCAGGUGCUUUCUAGGCAGGAUUACACAUACCGUUUCAGUUACAGAGCAUUUGACCACGGUCUCGCUUGGCUGUCUGAAGGCUUAGGCUAUGCAUCAUCUUUUCAGUACAGGCCAAGACCAUUCUUAGAUUCAUUUCUGGUUUCAGGGCAGCACUGCAGUGGGCUGCUGGCCAGAGAUUCAGGCCCUGGGGACAAAGUCCCAUGACCCUGGCACAGACACAGUUUCCUCUCCCCCUUUCUUCUUGGUUCCAGGUUCAUACCAUGGAAACAGGCAUGCAGAUGCCUACUUCUGAGGUCUGAUACCUACUGUGGAAUGACAGUGAAUCCCUAAAUUGAGCCAGAUACUUAAAUCUCAAUCUUACUUUAAUGUGACAGCUCAAGGAAGUCAAUGGAAACACUUAAGAGCUUUUGAGUUAUGCCAUUAAUGGAAUAGGUUUGGGGUCUGUAGAGAUGAAGUACUCAGGAGCCCACAGCUCCUCCAUCUUCUGAGCUUUGCAUAUCAGAGCUGCCUUGGUGGGGAGUGAGAAAGAGCUAGAGAAAGCCCAGAAGUAUGUAUUAUGACAAGUUUGGUUUGGGGUUUUGAUUGAAGGUUUUCUGAGUGGGAAUGUAAACUCCGUUGUUCGUUACUGACCCCCGACAUUCUAAGCUGUUAUACGUUGAAGGCAUUUGUAAGCUCUUAAGGGGCACUUUUAGUGUGUGUAUUUUUUUUUAAAGUUACUUUUAUUAUGGAUUGUUCAGAUAAAAAUCUGGGAGAUCCAAUCAAAAUCCAGCUGAUAAGUGUCCACACUGUCCUAAUUUGUUACCACUUUCAGUUCUUCAGUCACUUUAAUCAUGGCUUAGUCUUGUGAACUUUAAAGCUUCAGCCCUGCAGAAGAUCAGUAUGGACAGACCCACAAGCAUGCAUAGAUCUGAUUCUAGUGGGGCUAUAUAAGAGCAGAUGAUUUUCACCAAAUCACUCCCUGCAGGGCAUCAAGGCCUUAGCAAAGAAAUGUCAUUUUCUGGUUGCCAUAUCCCAAUCAUAUUAUUUGCAUUGUUUGCAUUUGCUUUCUGUUGAGUCCCUCUUCCCCCUUAAAUUUUAACACAUAAUGCCAAGAAUGCAUUGGGUUUGGUUCAAUGACACACACAUUACUGUUGUUAUUAAUAUUAAAAUAUCUACUUCUUUGUGGGGGAAAAGAAAAUUAACUAUACCAGAUAAUUGCCAAAUAGCCUUCCCUGGUUAAUGUCAGAAUAUUGAUUUCAAAGAAAUAAAUUACAGUAUAUACAGAAUGUAUUAAAAUAUUCCUUUGCACCAAAUUUAUUGUUGAAUUUAUUAAUGUGCCCAGACUUUCCAGUUCACAAGUCUCAAGACUUCCCAAAAUAGCACGAUUGAUCACGCAGUGCUCUUGUAUGUUGAGUCAGAAUAAAGCAAUAUUUUAAUCUCUGUCAAGUAAAUUUGGAAAAGAAAUGCUGAAGGUGUAUGUCAUUUAUUUUUUUUGUUAAGGCAGUAAAAUUACUGUUCAUAGUGUUCAUCUCGCAAGUUGUACUUUGGAUUUCUUUUGCAUUUUUUUUUGGGGGGGUGGGAUUUUAUUUUUUUAAGAUUAAAUUGAUUAAAUUGUCUUGUUUACAGAACUUUCUAUGGCUGUAAUCUUUGCUGUGUGUUUUCAAUAAAAUAUAUUUGAGGGAGAACUAUGCUUUAUGGCCCAGGAUGGAGCAUGCCUUGUUUGGACUCCCUUCUUCAAAAACAGAGCUUUUUUUUUAGUAGUAAGGUGGGAUCUCUAUGAGAAGUGGUUUCACCCUGAUGUGUUUCUGCAAUAUGUUGUGGCUGGGCACAAUCUCACUUGUGCAUCAGCUGAGCUGACUCUGCUGGGUAUGGCCCUAAGCCCACACCAAAUAAACCCUUUUGAAAGAUGAGGUUUAUUAAAUGGGGCUCAGCUUCACACCUCUACAGUCAUAUGAUUUUUCUGUCAGCACCUUUUACAUGCCGCUGGCUCAGGACAUGAGCAAAGUGAGCUUGCCUCUGCCCAAAAGCUCUGUGAACAUACCUGUAGUAUAAAAAUGGCUACUAUAUAAAGCUCUGAUUCAAUAAUUUGUGAAGUAUGACCACAACUAAUUAAUUGUUCACCA